UUCUAUUAUCUGACAAUUGAUUCAACAUCGUUCUAUAAUUGAAAGAUUGCACAAUAUUGUCAAAGGUUUCAAUUGUGUGACACGAUAUUGGCUGCACAAUACUUAUAUAAUUAGAUACUUAUAUAAUACAAAUAUACAAAAAAAUGUGUCAAUUUUUUGGAAAGUUUUUUCGACAUUCUCUGGAAUUUUGUGAUAUUUCGUGCAUUGUAUACGGCAGGGAAGCGAGGAUUACCGUUUGUUAUUAUUUAUGGAAAUUUACUUCUUUAAAAAAAGGUCAGUUUUAAAGUGACCAUGGAGAAAACGAUUUUUCUUUCACACGUCUAAAACCGUGUUUGCACCGGUCCGCAUACAAAAUCUGUUCAGGUAGAAAGGACACUACUUUAAGUACCUGAAAAGAAAUCAGAAAAGCGCAGUUGUAGAAGAGCAAGCGAUUGCCUCUGAACCCGCGGACGAACUAUAUAAUCUGGGAGGUGUUAGCUAUCAAAGGUCAUCGCUGUGGUAAGGCUAUCGCUGGAUUUUAAAAAAGACGGAGAGAUUUUUGUACGCGUGGCUCACAGGUCAGCUCGUCGAAAACGCUUGUUGGCCAUUGGCAACGCUCUUGCGUCGAUGCCCAUUUAUCUGCUCGCGCGAGAGUCGGUCCCACGAGUAAUUCCUCGAGAUCCCUGGGUGACGCUUCGGGGAUUCCGCUCGUCUGACUUGAGUUCUAUCCGUGAAGAGACACGAGGGAAAUACUUUCCAGUCAGUAUUUCGCUGUCCCUCUCGAAUUCCAGAGAAUUCCAAAGGCUUCCAGAGAGAUUCGUCGCGAGAGACUGGAUCUCCCUCGAUUUUCGAUCGACCCUUGAGGACCAAAAUCGCGAAAAUCGUGUGCCAGCGUAUCUACCUCGGCGAUCGUACCAAAUCCACGAAUCCACAUGACGCUCUCACUGGCUGACACCGCGUUGGACAUGGAGAAGAAGGCGAUGAAGCGUUGCGCUCGGCGUAGUCUUCUUUGCAACUGGCUGGCCUGGCUCUCCUGCGGCGUGUUCCUGACGAGUUUCGCGGGCUUCUAUGUAACCUGGUGCACGAACAUGUAUCAGGACUACACGCUGACACAUUUCGAGUUGCGUAACGGCACCCAAGCCUUCGACUGGUGGCAACAACCACCCUUCGAGUUUACGUUUAAGGUUUAUGUGUUCAACUAUACGAAUGUGGACGACUUCGAGGCUGGUCGGGCGAGCAAGUUGCACGUCCAGGAGCUUGGUCCCUACAUAUACAAUGAGAAGGCAAGCCGCGUAAACGUGGUGAUGCAUCAGAACGGCACGAUGACCUAUCAAUCAAAGAAAAUCUAUCAUUGGGUAGGCGGUAGACCUGAGAAUGAUAUCAUCGUAGUACCGAAUAUACCAUUGAUGUUCGCUACCGCUCUGGUCCGGGACCUGAAUUUCGCGAUGCGGUUCAGUCUUAGUACGGUGUUGUCGACUCUUCACGAAAAGCCAUUCAUCAACGUGACGACCGGCGGCUACGUAUGGGGAUAUGACAACCCCCUUUUCGAAAUGGCCAAACCGUUUAUAAUGUUCCAACGUGACAUACCAUUCGAAAAAUUCGGACUUCUGGCUAUGAAAAAUGGUACUGAGAAUGAUCGUAUCACGAUACAUACGGGAGAAGACAUAGAUAAACUCGGCUGGAUCGAACGGGUAAAUGGAAUGAAAAGACGGAAUAUUUGGGAUGACGAGCAGUGCGACAAGAUCGGAGGCACCGAUGGCAGCACCUUUCCAACUCGUUUAAUAAAAAACUCAAGCUACGUUCUCGACGUGUAUUCUAAGGAACUUUGCAGGAACUUACCUUUUUCCUUUAGUGAACCAGUAACUGUCUACGGUAUGCCGUCUCUAAGAUAUAAAUUAUCACCUAAGAUGUUUAGCGAGGACCAAUGUUUCUGCUCGAAAGACGGCUCAAGAAAAGUGUGCCCACCUAGAGGUCUUUUCAAUAUGUCUGCGUGUAAUGAUAAUGCACCCCUGCUAUCGUCAUUUCCUCAUUUUUAUGGUGGUGAGAAAUCCUUGCUGGAGGGAGUAGACGGUUUGAAUCCUCGGCAGGAGGACCAUGAGAGUUUCAUUGAUGUACAUGAGGCCUUCGGAAAGCCCAUAAACGCCUGGUCAAAGUUCCAGCUGAAUAUAGAGGUGCGAAAGGCAGUCGGCGUACCAUUCCUCGGGAAUCUGAAGGAUCGCACAAUCCUUCCACUCAUCUGGAUAGACAUCGGAGUGGAUGAUAUUCCGAAAGAUCUGUUGGACACUUUCAAAAACAUGUACUAUUUAAUGCGAUCCGUGGAAAUGGCCUUACAAUGGAUCACUGUGAUUGGUAUGGUAAUCUCGCUGAGCGCUUUAAUCACAUGUUUCUGGAAAUAUCGCGAGCAACAGCACAAAUCUUUCCAAAACUCCGGUCAAAAAAUUCUUCUUCAAUCGGCCUGAAAUUCUGUUACCAAAGCGAUAGAUGAUUUACAAAUUUCAACGUGAUUAUUAAUAGAUCUUGACAACGAAAAUACGAAAGUAUUAUUCGCUCGUGUCAAAUACCUUGUUAACAUAUCUUUUUUGAUAAAGUGAUAAGUGACCUGUUGAGUCUUACGAAUAAAGAGGAACAACGCUCAUGCUUUUUCGUCAAAGUGUUUGAAGAAUUCUGAGGAAUGCAUAAGAAAAUGCAUAGAGUAUCUGCUCUUAAAAAAUUGAAAACUUUCUUUUUACAAUGAAAUAAUUAAAUAACGAAUUCUAAAAGAAUAAUGGCGAAAAGUUCUUCUUAUUUGUACGACUCAUUAUAGAAUUAUUUAAGAGUACAUUAUAAAGGAUCGAACCGAGUUGGGAUAAUGGAAUGAAUCCAAGAGUCAAUCGAUAGAUCAGUAGUUCCUACAAUACAUUGACGUACCGCGUUGCAUCGAGGCAGAAAGAGAGGAACAUGCCCCGCAACGCGGCCAAGCUGUGAUUGAGACUUUAGUGCGUCAAAUGAGAUGCAAUUACGUCGACGGCCACAAUUCGUGGUUAGUGUUUGUGGCAUUACGUUUGUCAUGUUAUUAUUACAUUUGUCAAACAGUCGUCGACCACAACGGUGCGCGCAGAUAUAUGUUACCAAUGUAAUAGACGAUUGUACUUAAUUAAGUGGUGACAGAUCAUAGUACGUAUUACAUACGACCAUUGAUUAGCGAUUACAUUACCCCAAUAACGGGAUAUUGUAACAUAGACGUUAAGUUUAUUGUUAGUUAAGUUUAUUGUUAACUUAUAGUAAACAGUAAGUCUAUUAUAAGUUUCAUUGUUGGUCUUACCAAACUUACGAUUGCGCUCGUGAUUUUGCACUAAUCGAUCUGUAUCGUUUGCAGUUCCUUUUUUUAAAUAAAAAUCUUGAAACAAAA